CUCUCCAGCAGCUCGGCCACAGGAAGCAGCCUGGACUUAGACAGCAAAGAGUGACAGAGUUUUAGAAUAGCACAGAUGGUUCUGUUUGCACUGCUGAACAGAUCUGGAUUUGGACGACAGAGAGUGACAGUGACUGUGUCGGGCGUGUUUGGGCUGUUGAGUUCAGUGGAUGAGACCGUGUCUGGUAUGAUUGGCUUGUGGAAACAGCUAGCUGCAUUAGGCCUGGUAGAUGCUUGGAACGAGACAUCAGCUGAUUUCUCCACUGCAUCAAGCCUGGGACAGGGGAAGCUUCACUUGGGAGCUGUGCUGCAUUGGACGUCCCUUGAGCUGGCCCCUGAGUCUGGCAGCAAGGACAGUAUGCAUGAGGAUGAGGACGUGGAGAAGCCAAAAAUCUUCUAUGCAGAUCAUUCCUUCAUUAUACUAGUCAGGGACAACAGCACUGGGGCAUUGCUCAUGAUAGGUGCACUGGAUCACACUGACGGCCCUGCAAUUCACGAUGAGCUAUAGAACCAAAGUACUUCACCCUCCGGCACUGACAGUUGGCUGAAGAGUCUAAAUGGCUGACCUGCAGGUAUUGACAAUAAACUGAUCUACUUAUCCACUUCAGAUCCACUGUCUUCCACCUAUUGGUCUUAUGUGCUGACACAUGUUACAUUGUACUUGUAAUACAGAUACAGGAUGUGAUUAAACUGAUAUAUAGACCUGCACUGAAUCUGCUCCCACCGAAUUCUGCAGAAAGCAUUGCAGAUUUGUACAGAAUUUGAAUGUUUUACUCAAAUUCUGUGUAUCCCUGCAACUUGUUUUUAUUAAUUAAAAGUUUGGGUUAAUUUAAUAAAGAGUUCAGCUGCCUUUUUGAGUGAAAUAGUCACAUCUCUGUUGAAAGAGGGUCACACAUCAGAUUAGAGAUUUUUAAUUUAUCAGUUUUGGUAUUUUAUUUGUGCAUGCUGAUAUCUGUAUAUAUAUUUUUUA